GUUAGAUUGAAAAUUCAAAAUGGAUGCAAUGAAUGAUAAUCUUAUAGUUGGACCAAGUGUAAGUACAAGUGAAGGACCAAGUGAAUUUGAAGCAUCUAAUUAUAUCUCAACAAGUGAAUCUUACAACAGUUAUGCAAGUAGCACUCCUCAUGGAUCUUUAUUUUGGGUACCAAAUGUGCCAGAAGAAAAUAGACUGUCUAUUGGUCAAAAGUUCAAAACCUUAGAGAGUGCAAUUCAAGCAUAUUUAGAAUAUGCAGAAAAAUGUGGUUUUGAUACCAGAUUGUCUACGCAAAAGCACGAUAAAGAUGGAAAUAUUAAACUAAAAUAUAUACUUUGCAACAAAGCAUUCGCUCCUGAAAAUGUUAGUGUUGAUACAUUGGAUGAAAAAGAUAGCAGUAAACAGAAAAGAAACUCCAAUGUUCAAAAGACAGAUUGUAAAGCUAGAGUGAAAUUUAGAUUAACUGAUGAAAAAGAUUGUUAUAUCCUGUAUGAAUUUGAAGAUAGACAUAAUCAUGAGUUAGUUUCUUCAGAAUACAAGCAUUUGUUAAGAAAAAGAAGGAAAUUGGAUGACAUGGAAGAAAAGUUCAUUCAUAGGGUUGCUUCAAAUAAUAUAGGAGCAACACGUGCUCAUAACGUAUUAAGCAGUAUUAGAGGUUCUAGAUAUCUUGUGCAUGGAACAAUAACAGAUUUUAAAAAUUGCAGAAGGGAUCUUAAUGUUUUUAUUGGUGAGAAUGAUGCUCAAAUGUUAAAGGAUAAAAUGGAAGGAAGAAGAGAUCAUUUGCAUAAUUUCUCAUUUGAAUAUAAGUUAGAAAACAGUGAAUUGUCUGCUUUCUUUUGGGCUGAUGAAACUGCAAAAUGCAAUUAUGAAGCGUUUGGUGAUAUUAUAUCUUUUGAUGCAACUUAUAGGACAAACAGGUACUGUAUGGUUUUUGUACCGUUUACUGGUGUGGAUAAUCAUAGGAAAUGUGUUACGAUUGGAGCUGGGAUGAUUGCAAAAGAAAAUAUUGAAUCAUUUACAUUUUUGCUAGAAAGUUUUCUGAAAGCAUUCAAAAAACAACCAAACAUAAUUGUUACGGAUCAAGAUCCGGCAAUGAAGGUUGCUGUGUCAAAAGUAUUCACUGAAUCAAAACAUAGACUUUGCACGUGGCACAUUACAAACAAACUUCCAACAAAGGUUUGUGGAGAUGUAGAAAACAAUGCUGAGUUUAAAAGUAAGUUUCAUAAACUUGUUUGGAGUAUUUAUACUGGACCUGAACAAUUUGAGAAGAGAUGGAGAGAGUUGAUGGAAGAAUACAAUCUUUUGGGAAACAAAUGGCUGUCAGAUAUGUAUGAAAUUCGACAUCGAUGGAUUCCAUCUUAUUUUAAAGAUGUUGAAUUUUGUGGAUUAAUGAGAACAACUUCAAGAUCAGAAAGUGAGAAUUCAUUUUUCAACAGUUUUACUCACUAUGGAGAUACGUUGAUACAAUUUAUGUUUUCAUUUGAUGCUGCUAUGGACAAACAAAGAUAUAUACAAGAAACGCUAGAUCAUCAAACAAAAAACACAACUCCAAAGUAUAAAACUCCAUUGAAUAUUGAAAAGCAUGCUGCAAAAUUAUAUACUAGAACAAUAUUUAGAUUGAUUCAAGUUGAAAUCGAAGAAUCUGUUUGGAGAUGUUCUCAUAAUGUUGUGAAUACUGAAGCAGUAAUUGAAACUACAAUCGUAAAAGAAAAGAGAAAAAGUCAACCUGUUGAAGAUGACUUAGUGCCUUUGCAGAUGUAUAACACUGAACCAAUACAUGAAUUCAAGGUUACCCGUAAUACAGAAGAUGGAAAUAUUGAAUGUUCAUGUCAAAUGUUUUUGAGACUUGGAAUACUAUGCAAACAUAUAUUCCAUGUUUUAAAUAACUGCGAUAUUGAAGAAAUUCCUGAAAAGUAUAUAUGCAAGCGUUGGAUGAAGGACUUGAUUCCUGCGGAUAUAAGACAAAAAAAGGUUCUAUACAGUGAAACAGAUAAUGAAGCUGAAGAAAUGGCUAACAAAGCAAUAUCUUCUGUUGAUUAUUGUUUAAGGGCUCUGAUGAAUAACAAAGCUGAACUUAAAGAGUUUGUGGAAAAAAUAGAGAAUAUGAGAGCAGAAAUAGAAGAUAAAGGCUUAAAUCAAGAAAAAUUACCGAAGGAAGCUAGGUAUGAGUCAAUGCUUGGAGUACGUGUUAGAGAACAAAAUGAAAUUCAAAAUCCAACUGGAAUUAGAAACAAAGGUUCUGGUACAGGCAAAAGAUUAAAGGGUCCAGGCGAGAAGGCUAUUGAAAAGAAAAAGAGGACUAUACGAAAGUGCAAUUUAUGUGGAAUUUACACAGAUACACAUGAUAGUAGAAAUUGUAGAAAGUAUCAUGAGGAAUUAGAAAGACAGGCUGAAGAAAACAAAAACAAAGAAAAAGUAAAUUAGGAAUGUGAAGAGAGCAAGAAAAGAAAUGGUCGUUUAUUUUGAAAAUCAUCGAUCUUUAAUCUUUAAUGAU